UAAAGGCUUUCUUGAACUGUGCACACAACAGAGAAAAUGAAGUUUGUGAAUCUUUUUGGGCAUUUAAAAGCAAACAUUAUUGGUAUGAUACAUGUUGGAGCUUUACCAGGAACUCCUCUGAGCAGAGCUGCAGUUCCUGAACUCAUAGAUGAAGCAUGUAGAGAAGCUGAGAUUUACUGCCAUCAUGGAGUAGAUGGCCUGCUGAUUGAAAACAUGCAUGAUGUUCCGUACGUGUGCACUGCUGGACCAGAGGUGGGUGCAGUGAUGACAGCAGUGUGUUCGGCGGUCAGGAAGCUUCAUCCGUCCGUACCCGUUGGAGUUCAGAUCUUGGCAGCUGCUAAUCAAACUGCACUGGCUGUAGCACUCGCGUCAGGACUGAAUUUUAUUCGAGCUGAGGGGUUUGUAUUUUCUCACGUUGCUGAUGAAGGGAUGAUGAACGCAUGUGCUGGAGAACUGCUACGAUAUCGCAAGCACAUGGGAGCAGAACACAUCCAGAUAUUUACUGAUAUAAAGAAAAAGCACAGCGCUCAUGCUCUGACGGCUGACGUGAGCGUUGCGGAAACAGCAAGAGCAGCUGAAUUUUUUCUCUCGGAUGGAGUGAUCGUUACAGGCCCUGCAACCGGAGUUCAAGCAAAUCCACAUGAACUGAACGAUGUGCUUCAGUUUGUCAGUAUUCCAGUUCUAGUUGGUUCCGGAGUGACCUGUGAUAACCUGGAGGAUUAUUUAGAGGCAAACGCUUUGAUCAUCGGCUCAUAUUUUAAGAAAGAGGGCCGGUGGGAGAACAGUGUGGAUCCUGAGAGAGUCGAAAGCUUCAUGGAGAAAGUGCGUGAAUUACGCAAAUGAAUUUCUUUUAAAUGUUUUUCGAUUGUGGUGCCAAAGUUCAAAACCAGAAAACAUUUACUGCAAUAAAAAAGUAAUUUUCAAGUUUA